AUGCUGCUCUCACAUUCCCAUCCCCCGGAUACCAGGGGCCAGACGGCGCUUCACAUGGCAGCCUGGAGCCAACGCCGAGGAGUCUGCCUGGCGCUGUUAGAAUCCGGAGCUAUUCCUGGACUCAUAGACAACGCCGGCCUGACUUCGAGUGAAGAAGCGAAACGGGCUGGAGAUUCGGAGCUGGCUAAACUGAUAAUCAGUUAA